ACAGAGGCCAUUAAUUAAAAUAUGUGGUGAUAAGGAAACUUAGUAAUUUAUACGCGUUGAAGUUGUGGGAGACGGGCUUGAGUUGCAAUAUAAAAUGUUGCAGCAGCAGCCAUAAGGGCUCAAGUAAAUAAAACAUAAUAUUAAGGAACGCAUAUUUAUACGCGCAGAAGUCCACAACAAAGCAAAGCAAUUAAAAAAUCAAUCACAAUUCUAAUUGAAAGCUGUGGCAGCGACGGAGACGGCAGCAGUCAGCAUGUCACCCCCUAAGAACUGUGCUGUGUGCGGCGAUAAGGCCUUGGGCUAUAAUUUCAAUGCUGUUACUUGCGAAAGCUGCAAAGCAUUCUUUAGGCGCAAUGCCUUGGCCAAGAAGCAAUUCACCUGCCCAUUCAAUCAGAACUGUGAAAUAACUGUGGUCACCAGACGCUUUUGCCAAAAAUGUCGUCUGAAAAAGUGCCUGGACAUUGGCAUGAAGAGCGAGAAUAUAAUGUCCGAGGAGGACAAAUUAAUCAAGCGACGUAAAAUUGAAACAAAUCGUGCCAAGCGUCGUCUGAUGGAACAUGCUGGCUCUGAGCCUGAUACCGAUGUAUAUGAGAGCAAGCGUGUGGCAGGCGCUGUGGCAGACAGCAGUUGUAACUUGGAAAUGUACGGCAGUUCACAUGAUUCACAGAGCUGCGGCUCACCGGACAGCGAUAUUAAUGGCGCUAAAGAUGUUAAACCAAAUGCUGAACGCUUGUCCAACAUAAAUCCCUUGCUGAUGUCAGCAGAGAAGAUUGUUGAUGAAAUAGUAGCUGAUCCAGAUCGCGCUUCCCAAGCGAUUAAUAGGCUGAUGCGGACGCAGAAGGAGGCUAUAUCGGCUAUGGAGAAGGUGAUAGGUUCACAAAAAGAUGCCUUAAAGCUAGUAUCGCAUUUAAUAGAUUAUCCAGGUGAUGCGCUCAAGAUCAUAAGUAAAAUUAUGAACUCGCCUUUCAACGCUUUAACAGUAUUUACCAAAUUCAUGAGUUCGCCAACCGAUGGCCUGGAGAUAAUUUCAAAGAUUGUUGAUUCACCAAAAGAUGUGGUCGAGUUUAUAAAGAAUCUAAUGCGUUCACCAGAGAAUGCUAUGGAUAUAAUGAACAAGUUUAUGAACACGCCAGCCGAGGCUCUCAAAAUGCUCAAUCGCAUAUUCAAUGGCACAAAUACAGAUGAAGUAGCAAACCACCAUGAGCCCAGUUUAUCAGAGUCUCCAGAGGCUGGACGUGCUCAAAGCUCGCGAGUUGAUACUGUUAUACAAACCAUGCUGCAAGGCAGUCCUUCCAGUUGUAGUGUGGGUACGGUGGAAACAGUGGUAUCCUCACCGCUUAGCAGCAUAGCCAGCCCCAUAGAUUUGCACUACCAGUCGCCCAGCCGCACGGAUCACCUGCCUGAUGAGCUGCCCAGCACUUCGAGCAGUCAUCCCCUGACCUACAUUGCUAAUUCGCCAAACUUCGAUGUGAAAACCUUUAUGCAAACUAAUUUUAAUGAUGAGCUAAGCUUAGACGGCGACGGCAGCAUUAAUUCUAUAGAGUCUGUGCUAUCUGAAGUCAUACGUCUGGAGUAUCAGGCUUUCAAUGGAAUGCAUUCAAGUGCGUCGCGCAUUAAGGAUGAAAUCUAUCAUGCUGCUGGCGGCAUGGCAUCUCCAUACAUGAGCCAGGGCUUUAGCUACGGCAGCUGCAAAGCCAAUGACCAGCAACAACAUCUGCAACAUCAGCAGCCAACUUGUACGCCUUCAAGCUUAUUCAUGGAACGCGAACUGAACGAGGCAGAGCAACUGAAGCUGCGUGAACUGCGUGUGGCAAGUGAAGCGCUCUACGAUCCAGUUGAUGAAGAUCUCAGUGCCUUAAUCAUGAACGAUGAGCGCAUAAAGCCCGACGAUCCGCGUCAGAGUCCAAAGCUUUUGCAACUCAUCAAUCUAACUGCGGUGGCUGUUAAACGUCUUAUCAAGAUGGCCAAGAAAAUAACUGCAUUCCGUGACAUGUGUCAGGAGGAUCAGGUGGCAUUAUUGAAAGGUGGCUGCACAGAGAUGAUGAUAAUGCGCUCAGUGAUGAUCUACGAUACAGAUCGUGCAGCUUGGAAGGUGCCUCAUGCCAAGGAGAAUAUGGCCAAUAUACGUACAGAUCUGCUCAAGUUUGCCAAGGGCAAUGUGUUUGAGGAACAUCUGAAGUUCAUAACCACCUUUGAUGAGAAAUGGCGCAUGGAUGAGAAUAUCAUACUCAUUAUGUGCGCCAUUGUGUUGUUCACGCCAGCGAGAUCACGAGUUAUACACAAAGACGCCAUUAGAUUGGAUCAAAAUUCAUAUUAUUAUCUUCUGCGAAGAUAUUUGGAGAGCGUCUAUCCGGGCUGUGAAGCGAAAAACGCCUUUAUUAGAUUGAUUCAAAAGAUUUCGGAUGUGGAGCGUCUGAAUAAAAUCAUUAUCAAUGUGUAUCUGAAUGUGAAUCCUUCCCAGGUGGAGCCUUUGCUACGUGAAAUAUUUGAUUUGAAAAAUCACUAAACAAAAACUAAAAUGCGUGCAUCAAAUGCUGUUAAGAUUUAAUUAUUGUGCUGAUGUUGUUGUUGUUUUUUCAGUGUAUCAGCACUGCAACUUUGUUUUGUUUGUUCACUUUUUAAAGUAUAGAUUUUAAAUCGAAUGUGAUUGUUAGAUUUGCUUAUAAACACAUAGUUUUUAUAUUUCUACAUCAGAGCAAGUAUAUUUUAGG